AUGGAGAUGAAGUUGUUUGAAUUAAAACAAGAUAAUAUGACAGUUGGGGAGUAUGAGAAGAAGUUCACUGAACUAUCUAGAUUUAUGGGAGAGUAUGUUGAUUCUGAAGAGAAGAGAGCGAAGAGAUUUCAACAAGGACUAAAGCCGUGGUUGAGAAGUCGGGUGGCAGCUUUUGAAUUGACUACUUAUGCUGAAGUAGUUCAAAAAGCAAUGGUAAUUGAAGGCGAAAGUGAGCAGAAUCAGAAGGAGAAAGGCAACAAAAAGAGAAGAUUUGAAUCGGGAGAAGAAGGCACAAGUUACAAGGGCCAGAAUCAAAAAGUUAAUCAAAGGUUUAAACUUCAAAGUGGACCCGGAAACUUCAAGAAGAGAGAAUCUGGGAACAAGUCACAAGAAAACAGAUUUCAAUCGAGUGGACAGAAACCCCUGCAAGGAUCAAUUCCGGAGUGUAAAGUUUGUAAUAAGAAGCAUACGGGGAUUUGCAACAAGGCGAACGUAGUUUGUUACAAGUGUCAUGCAAAAGGCCACUAUGCUCAUGAAUGUAAGAAUCAGAAGGCCAAUGUCACGUGCUACAAGUGUGGUAGAGUGGGACAUGUGUCAAGGGAAUGCAAAGGAGCGGUUAACAAUCAAUUGCUACAAAUGACUGCUAUGCCGUAUCCGAUGAAUCAAGCAACUCCUAUGCCAGCACCAUCAUUUCCAAUGCCUUUCAAUCAACCUCAAAUGGCAUCAUCCUCAUCUCAUCCAGCUUUGACCUAUCCGGCACAAGCAAGGACUUUCAACAUGAAUGUAAAGGAUGCAAUUCAAAGUUCUGAUGUAGUUUCAGGUACGCUUUCUGUGAACGCUGCUAGUGCUAAAGUAUUGAUUGACUCGGGAGCUACAAGGUCAUUUAUUUCGAAAUCUUUUGUUGAUAAGUUGAAUUGUGAAACCCAAUUGAUGCAUGAACCCCUAUCCGUUGUCUUAGCUAAUCAAGAUAGAAUAUCUGUAGAACAUGUGUGCCCCCAUUGUACAAUAGUGAUAGCCGGACACGUUUUUCCUGCGAGUCUUAUUCCUUUCUAG